UGCCGGGCAGCGAUGGCGACUACCUCGGAGUGCUCGGUGGAGGACCCUGUGUGGAACUUCGUGCGAGUUUUGGAGAAGCGGGAUGGCACGGUGUUACGACUGCAGCAGUAUGGCUCCGGCGGCGUGGGUUGCGUUGUUUGGGACGCUGCCAUUGUCCUUUCUAAAUACCUGGAAACGCCCGGGUUUUCUGGCGACGGGGCCCACGCGUUGAGUCGGCGGUCGGUGCUGGAGCUGGGCUCGGGCACCGGGGCCGUGGGACUCAUGGCCGCUACCCUCGGGGCGGAUGUUGUAGUCACCGAUCUUGAGGAAUUGCAAGACUUGCUGAAGAUGAAUAUUAAUAUGAACAAGCAUCUUGUCACUGGUUCUGUUCAAGCCAAGGUACUGAAAUGGGGGGAAGAAAUAGAAGACUUGCCUUCUCCACCAGAUUACAUACUGAUGGCCGACUGCAUAUACUACGAAGAGUCUUUGGAGCCGUUGCUGAAAACCCUAAGAGAUCUCAGUGGAUCUGAGACUUGCAUUAUAUGUUGUUAUGAACAACGAACAAUGGGAAAAAAUCCGGAAAUAGAGAAAAAAUAUUUUGAGCUCCUUCAACUAGACUUUGACUUUGAAAAAAUUCCUUUGGAAAAACAUGAUGAAGAAUAUCGAAGUGAAGAUAUUCAUAUUAUUUACAUCAGAAAGAAAAAAUCGAAAUUUCCAUCAUGAAAAACCUUUAGCCAUCUUACCCAAGCCUCUUAACAACCUGGAUAAGCUAAAGAUGUGAAUGGAGCAUGUGAAUACAGCAUGGAAGAUUGUAUUCACAGAUUUUCCCAGCAUGUCCUUAGAAAUUCAGUAUAUAGAUGACAGCCACCACUGGCUAUACCUGCAAUGUGAAAAAGGACUGCCUUGCCUGCCUGCCUGCCUGCCAAUGGGCCCGAAAUCCAACUUAGGUUACUUAGCUUGGCAUCAAGUUCUGCUCAAAGAAACAUUGGGAAUCAGUCACUGAAAUAAAAAUUAGUACUGAGGUUAGCAUAAAGCCUGCUUAAAAUAUAUAGUGAAGCAGCAUGGUUGCCUUGACAUAUUUUCAGGAAACUAGAGAUAAAUUGAUCCAGUUUCUAAAGGGAGAUAUCUGUUACUAUAUAAUAAUGUUUUUAAUCCAAAGCAGUAAAUUUUAGUUUGUCUUCAAGAUAGGUAAAUUUAAAAGGAAGUUUUCAUUGUGUACAUAAUUAUGCAGUAGUUUUUAUCAUAUGUCUUCCACUUCAUUUCUUUUAAAAUAUCUUUAAUACUUAAAUGUUCUUUUACUUAAAAAAAAAACAGAAUAUUGUCUUGUUUACUUAUAUUGGCCAGCGUUUUCUUCUUUCCCUCCACCAUACAUGUUUCUGUGAUUUAAAUAGUAAAUUACACUGUAGUGAGUUGCUAAGAAGACAAAUCAGGAGAUUAGGGGAACAAAAGGUAUAUUUACAAAAUUUUUCAUUUGAUAAUGGAGUAAGGAUAGAAAGCCCAGUUUCAGGCUUAUGCACUUUUGUGGCUCACGCACUUUUCCUGGUGUGUGUCUUUCAGGAAAAUCUGGCUUAAAAAUACUGGUAUUCAGUUAACUUGUUUACAUGAAACAGUGAGAGGUUUUUUAAUAACUACAAAUGUGUUUCUGUAUAGAUUUGAUUUUAUUCUUUGUUGUCUCUGUUUUAUGUUAUCAUGAUCCUCAUCUGCUCACAUGGACUAAUUUGUCAAGGACUUUAGUCACACCAGUUCCGAAGAGUAGUAAGCAGAUGGAAUUCUGGUAUUUAC